CCGGCAGCGGCCGCACAGUCUCAAAGCUCCGCGGGCGAGCGCAGCAGCUGCGAGCUUCCGAGCUGGAGCCCCGCGGCCUCCCGGUCCAGCCCCCGCGAUGCAGCCCGGCCUGUGAUCAACGCCGACGCCCGGACGCUCCGCCGCACAUCUACCUCAGAGCCCCCCGCCCGCCUCACCGCUCCUUCCCCCAGGUUUCUACACUGCCGUAGGACGCCCCCCUGAGGCCGUUCCAUCCCCGGCCAUGUUCCAGCGCCUCACCAGCCUCUUCUUCAGUACCCCCCCUCCCCCCGAGGACCCGGAAUGCCCCCUAGCCUUGGUCUCCGAGGAGGAUGAAGUGGACGGCUGGCUCAUCAUUGAUCUGCCGGACAGCUACGCGGCUCCACCCAGCCCCGGGGCCGCCCCUGCCCCCGCAGGCCGCCCCCCGCCCGCGCCCUCCUUGAUGGACGAGAGCUGGUUUGUUACCCCUCCCGCCUGUUUUACUGCAGAGGGGCCCGGACUCGGGCCCGCCCGCCUCCAGAGCAGCCCCCUGGAGGAUCUCCUCAUCGAGCACCCCAGCAUGUCCGUUUACGUCACCGGCAGCACCAUAGUGCUGGAGCCUGGGCCCCCCUCCCCGCACCCCGACGCUGCCCUGCCUGACGGCGACCUUAGCGAAGGGGAGUUGGCGCCCGCCCGCCGCGAGCCCCGGGUCCUGCACCACGCCGCCGCCCCUGGGCCGGCGCGGCCUGCGCUACUGGAGAAGGCGGGCCAGGCGCGGCGGCUGCAGCGGGCCCGACAGCGGGCGGAGCGCCACGCGCUGAGCGCCAAGGUGGUGCAGCGGCAGAACCGCGCCCGCGAGAGCCGUUCGCGGCGGCCCAAGCACCAGGGCAGCUUCGUCUACCAGCCGUGCCAGCGCCAGUUCAACUACUGAGGGUCCUCCGGCCGAACCACAGACCCCUCGCCGACUCCUGACCCUGUCGGGCCCCUCCGCCGCAGCCAGUGUGUUGCUCGAGAAGCGCCCGCAGCCCACCUGGGUGGGACACUACAACCUCCCUCCUCCUGAAGUGAGAUGGGGUGCUAGCCCCCCUCCCCCACCUCGAUUUUCCCACCUCUGAUCCUCUGAUCUGCCUCUGAACCCCCUCCUGUCCUUCACCCUCCGACCCCAAGCCUGGCAUCUAAUCCUCCAUUUCCUUCCCCCUUGACACUCCAUCUUUCCCUCCUUCUCUGGUCCCUGUCCCCAUCUCUGCCUUGACAUUCCCCUUCAUCCUUGCCCUCCGGUCCUGUACCUCUGGCCCACUCCUUGUUCCACUAAUCUCUUCUCCCACAUCUAGCUCUUUCCCCGCCUUCAAGUCCCAUUUUACAAGCCUCACCCAUUCUCAUGUUUGGCACUACGCUCACUCCUGCUCCCUUAUUCAUUCCCAGUAAUUCGCUCCCAAAUGGAUGGGGGAGUGGGCGCUGAGGCCAAAGGCUUCUGCCUUUAGUCUCCUCCUUCCCUCUCCCCUCGGAGUUGUUUAGGCCUGGAAAGGUAAAGUAUGUAGAACAGGACUGUGAGACGUGAGUUAGAGGGAGAAGGUGGAGGGAACUGAGGGAAAGAGGCAGCCUACUGGAAACAGGACAUACAGGUUAAGAAGCUGUAGGGAACAGGGCACCAUGGGAACUGGCACUGUGCUUGCUCAGAGAGGCCAAGCCCUCCUCUUGGGCUUGAGCCUGAAGUCUGCCCCCACUUCCCUUGCCUAUAAUCCCACUUCCCAAAUCUCUUUAGAAAUCCACCCCUCUGCACACCCCUGAGUCUGAAGGGCUUAGUACCUUGUUGCCCUAUCCCCAACAUGUCACCCCAGGAGUAGAGACUGGGCAAGACCCUGCCAUCCUGGCCAUCUGUUCACAUGCCCAAGGUGCUAGAACUAGUUUAGGAGAGAUGCAGGCCAGAGGGCUUGUAGGCAGGGAAUGUGCACACCCCAGAGUAAGAAUGCAGGAGAAUGAUGCUGGGAAGGACAAGCUGUGGGGUGAAGCCAUCCCAAGGACAGCUCAGCCUUCAUGUUGCCUCUGGCCUUGUAUUUCACACACUGCCUAGGAUGACUCAUAAACACUCCUGGAUAGGAAGCCAGGAGCCCCACUGGCCCAUUCCCCAAAUAGUUCUUACCCAGGGUCAGGCCCUCACAUUUCCUCCCCCAAGGCUCUUCCUAGUCUGAUGGGGAGAAAUGGGUGCCCUGUGGUUCCCCUUGCCCUCUUCUCCAGUAAGUGACUGGAGGAGGGAACCAGAAUCCCUGGGUGAGACAAGAGGGGACACAUGCAGUGUUGUCCUUCUUGUAGUGGGAGUGAAUUUUGGGCUCAGACACCAGCAACAGCUUCUUGGGAUACCCCGAGUUGCUUCCCUUUUCCUCUAACUGUCCUUUUCUAGUGUGUGUUCUUUCUUCCUUGAAACUUUUAAGAUUUCCUGUUACAUACUAACAUAGGUCUUCCCCCUCACUCCAGUUCCAGGUUUCUUGGCCUCACCACCAAGCUGAGGCUUGGUUGGAAAACUGCAGUCCCAUGAGGGUAAAGGCAGCUGCCCUCCCUGAUCCUAUAGCCCCAAGCCUCAGGUUGGGUAUAUGGAUAAGGGAGGGGGGUAGCCCCAUGGUUGCUGGGAUGGGGACAGAGGAAGUUCCUGUUGGGGUCUCCUAUCCAACGGAGUAAACCAAAUCUACAGUAAAGGCAGAUCAAAGACCCUAUGCCAGUCCACUAGGGCCCCAGUAGUUGACAACCUUGCUUCUCUCGCCAAGGUUCUCCUGCAGUUACAACCUAGUUGCUUUUCUUCUUCCAGCUACCCCGUGGUCACUUCACAGCCAGCUUAGGGUCUUCAGCACUUCUGAGAGGAGUUUCAGCUCCCUGCAACUCUUCCUGCCUACUCCUCUGCUGCCAGCUGGGGCAGAGGCUCAGUCCUGGGCAGUCCCCAUGAUCCUUCUGGGGCGGGUGGGGAGAAGAGUGAGUUAUAGGGCAUUUGGUUCAAAUUUCAAAAGGCCUCUCCCUUAACACAUAUUUCUAGAGGCUCCUGUAGUUCUAGAACUUGGCAAUCUCACCACCUGGCUGGUAAGGCUCAUGUGUUUUCGUAGUUUCCUGUAGAUUCUGUAGCAUUUGAGUAUGUAUAGAUUUCUAAGAACCAACACUACUCAAGUCUCCUGCUAGUCUGACUCCUGAAGCAUCAGACCUCGUCAUACUGUAUUGACUGUGUAUGUGCCUUUCACCUUGAGCAUGCUUCAGGAUUUUCUUUUUCUUAAACCACAGAACUUGAAUACAUGAGGAAACCUGAAUUCACAAAGUCCUAUGCAACCUUAGACAGGAGGGGGUGAGAGAGUCCGUCUUGACUGAUGUUUUCAGAGACCGUGAAGAAGUUUGUAUUAGUUAAUGUCAAUACUACCAGCACUUUGCCAAAACUGAGUAUGUCAGAGGGACCCGUUUCUAGAGUCAGACCCAAGACAUCAAAGGGCGACUUACAGUAAUUCCUCAAUACGUCUGAGUGCUCCCUUCAAGCUGGCUGUCACUUUCCAGCUUUUGCCAGUUUGGCCCCAGCAGGGUACCAUGUGUGUAUGAAUGCAGUUUGCUGCUGUUUUGGGGUAUGCCUGCUCCCCGACCCCCACCUGGAACCCUGAUCAAUUUGUUCUGACCUAUAAUGUCUUAGAUGCAACAAGGACCCCACCAGAGCUCUUGGAUGCCUUCUCAGAUCCAUGUGGCUUUAUGUGAGGGGACUGAAUGCAGACACAUUGGAGCCCCUUGUAUCUUCCCUUUUGCUUUGCCACCUAGUUCCACAUGGAACCAACAAGUUGAGUGUAUCCCUCAUAGGCGUUUUGUGUUGAGACUGGCUGAAAUGAGAAGACGGUGGUUGACCAUGUUGUGACAUGUUGACAGACUCAAGGACACAACCACCUCGAUCCAGUCAUGUGGCAUGCCUGUGUAUGUGUUUAACAGGAUUCUGAUUGUUAGAUUUUAAUGUUAUUCCUCUAUGGGAGAAAAAAAUUAAUAUAAAGAAAAAUAAAAAUCUAUUUAAAGCA